AUCAACACAAUGCCUGAAGCCCCAUCUACGCCUCCUCACCACCACCACCGAUACCUCACUCGCGAUGAGAUUGUUGAGGCCCAUGCCCUACAUCAAGCAGGCCAUAGCUACAUGUCUAUUGCGAACCAGCUUAAUUGCACUAAACGACAAGUUGGUUAUGCAGUAACCAAGAACUUUGUCACACCUAAAAAGCGCUCCGGUCAUCUGCCUCAUCUUACUGAUGCCCAAGUUGAUGAGCUUGAGGCGUACAUCUGAUCGUCCCGCAACACCUGACAAAUGAGCUAUCUCCAACUUGUUCAGGGCCCCUUUGAGCACUGGGACAUUGGUGAAUACACAAUCAGGAGUGCUCUACGAAGAAGAGGGUACAGACACUGUAUAGCUCGAGCUAAGCCACCCCUUACUGAGGCUAAUUGGCAGAUUCGUCUUGAGUGGGCACAAGCUCACAUCAACUGGUAGCCGUGGGAGUGGUAGAGGAUCUUAUGGAGCGACGAGACCUGGAUAACUGGUGGGUGGCAUCGAAAACAAUGGGUUACAAGAAAGCUAGGAGAGGAGCUUGAUGAUAUGUGCUUGGUGGAUAAAAUUCAUAAGAAGCAUGGAUGGAUGUUUUGGGCAUG